AUGGACUUUCACGGAACACAAAGAGAACAAAACCCAUCGGCAUCCAUAACCAACAUAACUGACAAGUUGUAUUGUUCCAAACCGCCAUCAGCCAUCCAUGAGUCUAGAGAUGAGUUGGAAGCAGCCUUGGAGGGAGCUUCCAUGGCGAACAAAACAGUGAUCAUCGCGGUUGUGAACCGAGCUUACACCGUGGGGGACAAACCUAUGUUUGAUAUAUUCUUAGACGGGUUUUGGCUAGGAGAAGAUACAAGGCGAUUGACUAACCAUCUUUUAAUCGUGGCAGUUGAUCAAACCGCGUUUGAACGGUGCAUGUUUCUUAGAUUACAUUGUUACUGGCUGAAAACCAAUGGCGAUGACUUUGUGGAUGAGAAGGUUUACAUGUCAGAAGAUUUCAUAAAGAUGAUGUGGCUAAGAACCCGUUUUCUUGGAGAUGUUCUUCGACAUGGAUACAACUUUAUUUUCACAGAUACAGAUGUUUGGUGGCUCAGGAAUCCAUUUCCAAGGCUAACCCUAAACGAAACUGUUGAUCUUCAAAUAAGUGUCGAUCAGUUUGAUGGCGAUCAAUGGUCACAAACGAAUCCGUUAAACACUGGUUUCUACAUGAUCAAAUCCAACAACAAGACAAUUGCAUUGUUCGAUGAGUGGUAUAUGCAAAGAAACACCUCAGUUGGAAUGAAAGAACAAGAUGUUCUUGUUGAGCUAAUGCAUAAAGGAGUUUUUAAAAGGUUGGGACUUGGGGUUAGAUUUUUGGACACCAUAUAUUUCAGUGGAUUUUGUGAAGAUAGUAGAGAUAUUAACGUUGUUUCAACUGUUCAUGCUAAUUGUUGCCGGACUAUUAGAGCAAAAGUCACUGAUUUGAUCAACGUUGUUCAUGAUUGGAAGAGAUUUAGAGAUCCAUCAGACAAUAAAACAAUGGAUUUUAUAUGGUCUAAUCACUUAGCAUGCCAAAAUUCAUGGAGUUAGUGAGUUAUUGCCCCAUGAAUACGUUGUUGAUCCGUGAGAUUGACAAUUACACUCUAUUUGUAGACGGUUUUUAUACAUUCGCUAGAUGGAAAAUGGUCCAAAAAUAUUUUUUUUUUGGAUCAUGAUGGUA